AUGUCGCAAGCACCACCAGUUGAAACGCAUGCAGCACAAGCAGUUGAAGCUCACCAACCAGCUGAAGCUGCCGUAUUACCAACCUUAAAGGUAUUCGUUGGAAACCUUCCUUUCUCCGUUAAGGAUGAUGGUUUGAAGGAUUUGUGCAAAGAGCACGGUGAAAUCACUGAUGCUCAAAUUAUUCGCUUCGGUUCACGCUCAAAGGGAUUCGGUUUCGUUGAUUACGCAACAAAGGAACAAGCAGAAACCGCUGUAAAGGCUCUCAACGGUCAAGAUUAUCAGGGCAGAAACAUCGUCGUUGAAAUCGCUAGACCAAAGGAACCAAAGCCAGAGCGUAGCCAAAGGAUUGAUGACUCAGCCGCUCCUGGUGAGGAAGAUGGUUCUGAUAAGCCAAAGUCAAGAAAACCAAGAAAGCAACAAAAGAAGAAGCAGCAACAGAAGAAGGCUGCUGCUGCUGCUGCUGCUGAGAACAACGACGAAGCUGGCGUUGAGCAAGUCGAUUCUACUCCCGCCCAAUCAGAUGCUCAGCAACCAAAGUCAGAGGAGGAGAACAGCAGUGAGAAGAAGGCUGGCAACAAAAAGAGAUCUCAAAGAAAGCGCCAAGCAUCUCGCCAAUCAGCUAAGCCUCUGGGUGAACCAUUGGCGGAUUCUGUCUUUGUUGACAACCUUCCAUUCAGACACUACCAAGGUGACGAUCAACCAAAGAUUCCAUUCAGAGAUCAGCAAUUGAGGGAAUUGUUUGAGAGUAAAGGUUUGGAGGUUGACCAAGUCAGAGUGGUGAACAGAUCCAACCCAUUGACCAAGCGUUCAAGAGGUUUAGGAUUCGUUCAACUAAAGAAGAGCACUGAUCAAGAGAAAGCAAUCAAUGAAUUAAAUGGCUCUGUUGUUGGUAGAAGAACUAUCACCGUAAAGGUUGCGAAACAACGUCUUGACGGUGAAAACAAAGAAGACACCAACCAAAGCAACGAGAACAACGAGCAGAAAGAACAGCCUCCUGCUAAAGACGCAUCUGCUCCUACAACUGAAUCUAACGAGAAGAAGGACUAA